AUGGUUCCAAAAAGUCUCUUACAGAGUUUAAGGGUCUGCCUUACAACUUUUUACUUGCUUCUGAUACUGAUCACUAUUCCCAUAUCGUUUCAAGUUGGGGGGCUUUACUGUGGGCUUUCUUUCACGGUCACGUUAUUUAAUCUUUACUUUGCAACGACGACAUGCAAAAUUCUGGCUAGGGGAACCAGGUUUUCGCGCAUCACCAGUGUUGGAUAUUAUAUGCAGCACUUUUUCAUUCCAUCCCUUCUCUUUCUGUUUCUUUCCGGUUUUUCCAAUGAAGAGCUCAAACGUCAGAUCCACACAAAUACUGGUCCCGAUGAGUCGUUAGUGCACUUGUUAAGAAGGGCUACGCAAAGCCAAACUUGGGUGUUCUAUUACUACUAUUACCGGUACGUUGUCAGACCGUGGCAAUUUACACUUCUGCGGUCAACUCCUUACUUUACUCUUUUAGAAGGGUUUUUUGCAGUGCUGGGUAUUCAAGCUAUAGGCGAAACAAACAGAUGGCUUUCUUACAAAAAGAAUUCAAACAUGUGGAUAAUUGCCAGUUUGAUGGUAUCUGGAGGAAUUAUUACAGGCUCUCUUUAUUACUUACACCGAAUCUACGUUACUCCCAUUUGGGAAUUGUCCGUGCAGGCGGCAUCUUUGCUCGGUUUCACAUUCUCACUCGUAUGUGGUCUAGGAUUAUAUGGCAUAAUAUCUGGCCGUGGCUCUACGAUCGAAUCAUCAUUAUUCUUUGCUUACAUUGUUCGCUGCAUAUAUGAGAUCUCACCGAAAUUAGCCACCAGUGCUAUGGACGAGAUCUUUAUGCUGGUCAAAGAUACAUGGCAAUCUCAUCAACAUAGUUUACGCCCUACUGACAAUCUUCUAUCUUAUUAUCACAAUGUUGUACUAAGAAACGGUGAAAUGAUUUGGGAUGCUAUCGUUCAGAGAACAAACGUGAACGUCUCGCCCUCUUCGUCGCGUGUGCAGCUGGUAUGGCUGCGAUUGCAGCCUCUGUGGAAGUUCGUGAUGAAUUUUACCUCUGGUGUUCCAAGCUCCAUUAACGAGAUUUUCCGGCUAACGCUCAGCAUGGCUACCGAGGCUGUCACACCGGCCGUGGUGACGAACUUAUGCUUUAGAAUCUUGAUUUUCUACUCUGCCACAAGAAUCAUACCUGCUCUCCAAAAAACAAAUAGGCGUCGCUAUCGCAGGUUCAUGCGCAUGCUAUACUGGUACAGCCCUUGUAUUGUCAUCGCCAUGUACACGCAUCUCAUUUUGCAAUACUCGGGAGAGAUCAAUAAUGAUCUCUGCCUGUGGGGCUGUUUUCCCUGGUCGAAUCCCGAUGAAAACAAAGUCAUCGUGGACUCGUGGGGGUUCUGGAACUGGUGCAACAUAUUUUGCACCAUGGCCAUCUACGCUUCUGAGCUGAUCGGAAGCAAGAGCACAUAA